ACUCCGCCUACAUUAACAAGUUUGUUGUACGGCAAGCCGGUCAACGCUCAUUUGUACAUCGAGCGGAUACCGGUCGAGAAAGUGCCUGAAGACGAAGGUGAAGCGGCUAAAUGGCUUCAUGAACUCUUUGUUGUAAAGGAUAAAAUGCAAGAUUCUUUCUUCAACACUGGAGAUUUCUUCUUAGAGUCUGGUGUUGAACGAAGGGAGUCGUUCACAGUGCCCCCUCCUAUUUGGUCGCUUGUGAACGCCCUCGGCUGGGCUGUGGUCACACUCACGCCUAUGUUGUACUAUCUGCUUGGUCUACUGUUCAGUGGAAAACUUCUAUAUUUUUCUAUAGCCUGUGCUAUAUUUGGAGCAUUUUUCAUUCUUCUUCAAAAAUCUAUUGGAAUGUCUAAAAUCAGUCAAGGAUCUUCCUAUGGAACAGAAAAGAAGUAAUGUACCUGUUGCAGUAUUUGUUCUUAUACAACGUAUUCUAUACCUAAUACUUGUGUAAUAUGGUUUAAAUUAAAAAAUGAAAAACAAACUAGAUCAUACAUUGUUUGUACCAUCUUGUUUUGUUCAUAACAUAGCUAAUGAUUGGCUGAAAAUAGUAUAAAAUGAGAUGCAUAGAGUGUAUUGUGUGUAAAAAUGUUAAAGUUGUACUUUAAAGUAUGGAUAAUUGUUUUAAAUAUUUUGUAAAGCCUCAUAAGGGAAGCUGCUAAUUUUUGAUAUAAAAAUAUUGAAGACUUGUGCAUUGUCUGGUCUGUUACAAGUAUUACUGUAACUGUUCAGUUUAUUUAUUGUUAUUUUUUGUUACAUAAAUAUUCCUUUGACACGCGUAGAUACGAUAAGCGUACGUCUCGAUAUGUUGUAUUUUCCGCGCAAUGCUCUUUAUCUGUUAUUAUGUAAAGUUAAUAAUAUCUUAAUUUAUAACAACGAUAACAUUAAUCUGAGGAAGUGAAUGGAUAAAUUUAAUGUCUAGAUUACCUCAUUAUCUUGUUUCUAACCUUUAAACAUGUUACUAUCGGAAUUGAACCGAUUAAAUUAUUAUUAAUAAAAUAAAAUUAGGACUGAAUUAAGCGAAAAUUAUAGUAGUGUUUUAAAAAUAGACCAAAAUGAAUUAUUACAAACGAAGAUGCGUUCUGUAUUUUCUAUUUUUAUAAAAAAUCAUUUGGAGGUCGUAAAAUUCUAUUUCUCUUUUACAAAAUCAUGUUUAUAGAUUAGUAAAGGUUUACGUGGUGCAAUAAUCUUAUAUGUUGUGGGUUGGAUAAAAAUAUGUAAUUCAUACGAUUACUAUUUCGUGUUCAAAAAAAUUGAAAUUAAUUAGUAUUCAAAAAGGCAAUUCAAAUCUUUGACAUAGUAUGAAAAUGUUUAUAAUCUAUUGAGUAAACGUAAUAAAUAAAUAGUUACAUUAGAAGUCGUACUUAUUUGAAAUAGCAGUCAAAUUCAAAAUUUAAGUAUUUAUUACAAAGUACGUAAUUUUUGUCCAACUUGCAACAGAACAUCAAAAGUAAACAUUAGGUAGUGAAAUCUAAUUGAAUAUUUAUGCACAAAUUAUGAAUUGUACCUAGCACAAAAUGUUGACAACUAUGUAGAUUAUAUGUGCAAUUUUGUUUUGUUUCUAAGUGUGAAAGUGUAUUGAGAUUUAUGUUUUUUUACUAUUUUGUGUCAUGCCUACAAGUUUUAAAUAUCUUACUAACUACAACUAAGCGCGAAGGGGAAGGGUUGGAUAAAUACAAAUGUUAAAGCAUUUUCGAAUUUUAGCAAAUAAUUUUGUUUUGUAUGAAAUACAUAGAAUGUUUUUAAUUAAGUACGGCUAAAAUAACAGUAAAUGUUUUAUUGUACUAACGUCAUGCUGGAAAUGUAAAACACGCACAGAAUAAUGUGUGGCUUCGUGAAUGCGAUUGGACCUUUACUUUUAAAGAAACAACUGAUUUGCGUUCGCGUAAUUGGAAACAAUCACGCACGGCGUAACAUCACAUUAUAAUUGCGCCCAAAAAUCUAACGAAAUUACAAGAAUGUAAACCAGUAGCUCCACUAGUUCGUACUCAACGAAUUUGUAAGAACUUUGAAAUAUUUUCUUUCUAAUCACAUUGCUUGAAUUAAUAUUAAUACCUUGAAUGUUAACACGUUAUAAAAGUCAAUAAGGUUCAUGGUUUCUUAUUUUUUAGAUAUAUUUAUUAAUUAAAUCUAAAUCCUACAGGUAAUACCAAUAUUUUUGAUAUGUCUAAUGUACUUUUGAUUGGUAAAGUAUACCUAAAACUAACAAAAUAUCUACUGUACCACUUUGGCACCUUGUAAAGACUCACUGUUAUUAUUAUCAUCAUAUUUUAUUUUUCCCGUAAAGAGUAAAACUAUUUUUAAACCUAACGCCAUUUUGAAAAACAUUUAUAGGUAAUGCAUUUAUUAAGUAUUCUGAAGUAUGUUCAGGCAAUUAACGUUGUUCUUACUUUUUUCUGGAGAAAACAACUCUCAAGCUUUUAAAAAUACGACAAUUGUUGCUACAAACUGUAUAUGUAGGAAAUAGCUUGUUAGAGUAAACUAGCUGACAUUUAAAGUUGAUGUGAUAAUAGACAGUAAAUAUGACAAGAUAAACUUUACAAGAUGCAUCUGUUGGUUUCAAUUCUAAGUCCAUUAAUCCGGUUUGAAUGCUAGAAGAGAGGCAGCUUCGCUUCUAUUCUUAAAUAGGUGUCUUAUAGUUUAUUAGGAAUCAUUUUUAAAAUUAAUGUAUGUGACUACUAACGCCGUUGUCGCCAGCCUUUCGCAGCUUCAACGGAGAUGUUUGGCCAAGAAUUGAUCCUACAUGUGUGCGAUAUUUCAUGAAAUUGUGAUAUGCCAAAUUGACACGAUGAAUAGUUCUAUGAAUGUAGCACAAAACUGUAAAUUAUUAUAGAUUCGUAUUUAUGGUUGGUUAUUUUCAUUUCAAUAGAUAACAUAGAUGUUGUAACUUUGUACGUAUGUUUAUUAUUAUUAAACUUGUACUACUUA